GCCAUGUUCCCUGUCUGGAAACGCCUCCUGCUUUUUUGCUGCUUCUACUGCAAGACUGCGAAUAGUUUCCCGCCAAAUAAUGUCAGGUCGGAACCUAAAACACAAUCUCAUUUCUCCAUAACCCUGGGAGGAGUGUACGCCUCCACGGCUUCGUUUUUGGAUAUGUUUGACCUCGUUAACAACACUGGACAGUCUUUUUCUCAGAAGGUGCAAGAAUAUUUCGGCACAGACCAGGAGUCAUACUCGAAUCAUAUAGGAAUAAUCAGAAGGAUUAUUGGGUACGAAAACAACAUUCAGAGAGAUUAUGCUGGUAUCUCCUUCUACCAUGUCAACGGAGAACAAAUUGAAAUUGCUCAUAAUUACAUUCGCACUCUGCGACAGUCCAUAGCUGACCUCUCAAGCACUGCUACCACCGAGGACGACCUGGAGGAAAUUCGGGAAAAAGUGGGUGCGGCUCUGUACACCAUUCAGGAGUUCUACAGCAAUACAAACUGGAUAGAACUCAUGGGAAACAAGAUAUACGAAGAUUUCGGCCAAGAUAAUGUGACAUUGGUGGACAUUGCUAAUGAGCAGGAUAAUACAUGCGCUGACUGUGGAUUUAUAGAAGGGAUUAUAAUCUGCGACAACAAUAUCAGAGGGGAUAAAUUGACAAGUGGAUAUAAGUCAGGCCAAGACGUCACAAAACCUGUCAGGACGGGGUUUCUUGGUAAAUGCAGUCAUGGAUCGCCGGAUGACGAUAGUCGUUUUUCCACCGCAACAGGAGGGAUCUACAAAGGCAGAUCUAUUGUAGACGAGGCUCCUCACUCUUCUCUGCAUGGAGCGGCUUCCGACGCGGCAAUGGAUGCGACUGAGUACUUCCUUAUUGGCCAAGGAAGAGGGCUUUUGAGCCUAAUAGGCGCGGAAGCCUUCCGGGAUGUGUUUGGUCUUCGGACUAGGGAAGAUGUGGUUAAGACUUCUUUAACCUUUGUGAUUGACGUCACCGGGUCCAUGGGUGACGACAUUAAAGCCGUCAUAGCUGCCACGCAGAAUAUUGUUAACGAGGCAAAGGACUCUGAUUUUGUACCAGAGAACUAUAUCCUGGUGACUUUUUCGGAUCCAGAAAGUUUAACGACGGGACAAAUGACUACAAACCCUCAGACAAUGAUCACGUGGCUUCAAAACAUUACUGUCAAUGGAGGGGGUGACUGUGCUGAAUAUGCUAUGUCUGGGAUGUUAAAAGGAAUAGAAAUGUCCAACGAAAAGUCUAAGAUUUAUCUCUGCACGGAUGCUGAUGCAAAGGAUGAAGAUAAACAAGGCGAUGUGAUGGCUGGAUUGAUAGCCAAGCAGCUGACCCCCGUGUUUCUUCUCACGGGCCAGUGUUCCAGGAGAAGAAGAAAAAGGAACAGUGACGGGGCGGAGGAAUUCGAACUUCAGAAAAAUUUUCCAAAUGAAAAGAGCUCGCGUGGUCAAAGAGUAAAACGGUCCAGUUUACUGGUGUUCCAGAAAAUUGCAGAAGAGACCGGAGGACGAGUCUAUGAAACAAAAGUUGCAGAACUAGAAGCAAUUGUGGAGAAAGAGAUACAGGAUACCUUUCCAUCCUCCAAUGUUUUUGUCACACGUUUGAUAUUUCCUACCAACUCUAAGCCAAAUGAGAACAUCUCGGUACCAGUAGACAACCAUAUUGAGACACUUAAGAUUGAAAUUACAACUGUUUCUGCUGAAAGUGAAUUUUCCUUACUAUAUCCUAAUGGAUCUGACGUAAUGUUCUCAUCUAACAUUGAACAGAAAAAUAUUUUAGGAGGCAAAUUGACUAUAUCCAUUCUGAACCCAUCCUCCGGUGCUUGGAUUCUCACAAGAAAAACCUCAAAGGCAUGGAUAGUCAACGUAACUGCUCAGAGUCCGAUGGACUUUUCCACAAGCCUUCUUGCUCCUAGCUCUGAUGGGAACUCCUACUUCCUUUUAGGAAAUCCAAUUAUGGGAUUUAACUACUCAGUCGUCGUUGAUAUUCAAAAUGCAAACCAUAAUUUAACCUGUGAAUAUGCUUUACUGUUCGAUGACACUUGGAAUCAGGUGGCUGAAAUUCCACUGACAAAGAUGGCGGUUCAAGGAAUUUCUUCUUGUAUUGGACCUUAUGUACCAUUUAACAAGUCAAGUUUUGUACAAAUCAGUGGGACUGAUGAACUCGGAAACACUUAUCUAAGAACCCGUAUGUUUAGUAUCCUACCAACGUCCGUCAAGCUCCGUGUUUUACCGGUUCUAGGUGACCUAAGACUGAAUGAGGGGACAAACAUUUCGUUUUCCCUGACAAACACCGGGGAUUCUACAGCCGAGUUUAUUAUCACGAUAUCAGACGGUGACACUACCACCGACGUUCAAACGGGUUUCUUACAGGCUGGGCAAAUUUAUGAAGCGGUUGUCAUGGUAACGCCGGAUUCAUUAAAAUCAGUAGUUCUACGUUUCUCUGUCUCCCUGAAGAAUUACACAGGUGUCGUGCAAUCAGAAACGCGGCGCUUUUCAGUGACUGAUACUCGCACAGCAGACUGUACCGUUCUUGAUUAUCCAAGGACAUGUCCAGUGGAGUCGCUUAACACCUACAACUGUUCUAAGUACAUCUGGACUGGUUUGGUCGAGGUCUCCUCAUCUACCAUCCGCUUGUCAGAAAUAAUCGUGUCUUCUGAAGAAGUUGUACUAGAAUAUAUGAACCUAACUCUGGCGAAUUUUUCGUUACCUAUUUCAGUAAGGGGCAGCUGUUGUGUGCAGUCUGUUUUGAUCUCCAUUUUGGACAAAGACGGACAUUUCUCUCAAUGUCGUUUUGAACUUUCCAACCAGGCACUAGCUAUUGUAGAGAUUACAACUCCAGCCGUCGUAGAACCAAAGACGGAGGUUCUUAUUGUCAACUGGAUGAUGAUUGGUAUCGUGGUUGCAUCGGCUGUUGCAGGAAUCACCCUUGUAGCUGUUCUCGUCGUGCUCAUUUACAAGACCAAAUGCAACAAGAACAACUCAGGAACCUCUGUGUCCUAUACAAAAGAAAAACUCUAAAUCUGACGAACUUCACUUUUAAAAAAAUACUCGUGUUUAUAAAACUUUUAUUUCUUUAAAAAAAAAACAACUGAUGGUUAUAGGAAAUUUACAGUGAUCAUAUAAAACUAAAUGGAUUUAGAAUAUAUUACAUUGAAUUUUACAUAUAAAGUAAAAAAAAAAAAGGAGUAAAAAUGCACAUAUUAAUACGCAGAUUAAUUAAUUUGACCGUGAUUAGCUAUAUCCAUGGUUAUAUGAAGUAAAAUUUUAAAGAAAUAGUGGAGAAAAUACUCAUUUGAUGUAAAUACAAAUAUACAUGCUCUUCGAUUAAUUUAACUCAAUUCCCAUUCUAUGUAAACGUAAAUUCAAAGAUCAUUACAAAUGUAAAUGGGGAAAAGGCUUCGAAAAUCGUCCGAUAAAAAACGGGACUUAACUUUAUUGAUGUAAAAGUUAGAUAACGUGAGUCACAAGUUGGAGAUCGAUUUGUACAAUACUUGUAUUCUUGCCUUACCUAUAGAGCUUUGAACGGUAAAUGUUGUCAGCCUGGCAUAUGUACCUUACUCUAAUUGUUUUGCUGAAGCCAAUCUAAAUAUUUAUCUUAAAAUCUUCUAAUCUACAUGUGAUAGUUUGAUAACUUCAUUUUGUAUGAAAAUGUAUUUUGAAAAAUAUUGUGAGAUACUGUGGAAUCUUCAUUUUUCGUGAGGGACAACUGUUCGUGGCUUUCGUGUUUAACCUUUUUCCAUGAAUUUACAUCCCCACAAACAUAUACACAAUCAUUUGUUUACUAUUUAUCAAAAUUAUCAAAAUUAUCCUGAUUAUAAACUAAUUAACGUCCCUAAGAAUCAGGAAAAUUUUGAACAUUGACCCAAAUAAAAAUGAUUCCACAGUAAAA